AAUUAAGAAAAGAGAAGGGUGGUACUGGACACUGGUUGAAGGGUAGGGAUGAAAUGAGAGCGAGAGGAGAUGAAGCUGAUAAAGGGCAGUGUUGUGUUAACAAUCACAAUCACAUUAAGUAGCGCCAUUCUGUUGCUACUAUUGUUCCCACAAAACCAAAAGCCAUCUUCUUCUUCCAUGUCGAGGGCGCGAAGCUUUGUUCUGUGGCUUCACGGCCUGGGUGACUCUGGUCCCGCCAACGAACCCAUCAAAACCUUAUUCACUUCUUCCCAAUUCAGAGACACCAAAUGGUCCUUCCCUUCUGCCCCUUCCGCCCCUGUCACUUGCAACUAUGGUUCUGUAAUGCCUUCAUGGUUUGACAUUCUUGAGAUUCCCGUGGCAGCUGAUUCUCCAAAUGACGAGAGUAGUUUACUUAAAGCUGUUCGAAAUGUGCAUGCUACUAUAGACAAGGAAAUAGCUGCUGGCAUAAACCCUAACAACAUAUUUAUCUGUGGAUUCAGUCAAGGAGGUGCCUUGACCUUGGCUAGUGUUCUACUGUACCCUAAAACUUUAGGUGGAGGUGCAGUCUUUAGUGGUUGGGUUCCAUUCAAUUCAUCUAUUAUAGAACAAAUUACACCAGAGGCAAAGCAGACACCCAUACUAUGGUCCCAUGGGCUGGUUGAUAGAACGGUAAUGUUUGAGGCCGGACAAGCAGGUCCCCCGUUCCUUGAAAAAAUUGGUGUGGGAUGCGAGUUUAAGGCUUAUCCUGGUCUAGGCCACACGAUAAACAAUGAGGAGCUGCUGUAUCUCGAGUCGUGGAUCAAGGCACGCCUACAAAGUUCUUCCCAAUAAUUAUUUCGGCCUGGAAUAAUAUAAUCUAAACAUAAGCUUUUACUUGUGGAGACCCCGGAUCAGUUUGUUGUUUAUUUUCGCUUUAUUCAUAAUGUUUAACAGGAAUGGAAAUGAUCUUAAUGUGUGUUUCGUAUAACGUUGCAUAAGUCUGAAAAUUUUCACGUCAAUUUGCGAAUUCGCGCAGAAGCUAUACACGUGCCUAUUUGGAUUCA